AUGCCUGAGAGGAAUUCCAUCUCAUGGAAUGCUGUUAUUUCAGCCUACGCGCACUACGGGCAGGCAAAGAACGCCAUCAAGAUGUUUGAAGGUAUGCUUCAUUAUGGGUUCAAACCAGAUUCAGUUACUUUCUUGAGUGUACUGUCAGCCUGCAGUCACAACGGUCUUGCAGAAGAAUGUAUGAAAUACUUUGAAUUGAUGGAACAUGAAUAUGGCAUAUCCCCCUGGAAGGGACACUAUGCUUGUGUUGUCGAUACAUUAGGUCGGGUGGGACGUUUCGAUAAAGUUCAGAAAAUGUUGAGCGACAUGCCAUUUGAAGAUGAUCCAAUCAUUUGGAGCUCCAUUCUUCACUCGUGCAGGAUCCAUGGAAACCAGGAUUUAGCUAGAGUGGCAGCUGAAAAGUUGUUCAGUAUGGGAUCCACAGACGCGACACCUUACGUUAUACUGUCCAACAUAUAUGCAAAGGCUGGUAAAUGGGAAGACGCUGCCCGUGUUAAAAAGACCAUGAGAAAUAGAGGACUUAGGAAAGAGUCAGGUUACAGUUGGGUUGAAGUCAAACAAAAGAUCUACAGCUUUUCUUCAAAUGACCAAACCAACCCGAUGAUAUCCGAGAUGAAAGAAGAGCUUGAGAGGCUGUACAAAGAGAUGGAUAAACAGGGAUAUAAGCCCGACACUAGCUGUGCCUUGCAUCAAGUGGAUGAUGACUUAAAGUUGGAGUCAUUGAAAUACCACAGCGAGAGAUUGGCCAUUGCAUUUGCUCUGAUUAACACCCCACCAGGGACGCCAAUUAGAGUUAUGAAAAAUCUAUCCGCUUGCCUAGACUGCCAUGCUGCAAUCAAGAUGAUGUCAAAGAUUGUGAACAGAGACAUAAUUGUAAGAGAUUCAAGCAGGUUUCACCAUUUCAAGGAUGGAGUUUGUUCUUGUGGAGACUAUUGGUAG